UCCUGCGUCUUGGCCGCGAUCAAUCAUGUCCCUCCAAUAGAACGCGACGCGAACAGAACACCAAAAUAAUCUACCUCAUGUCCUGGACGUGACGGGGACCAAGUGCAACAUGUCCGCAGUCGAGAGCAUGCCUCGGAACGUCUCAACCAGCACCCGCAGCGCCAGCGCCAGCGCACGCAUCCCCCUGCGCCAUCCCACUCCAGAUCUGCAAACGCUGAAAGGCGCGUACGUGCAGAACGUGCAGCGGCUGGAGCGUAGCGCGGAGGAACUCAGCGCCGGCGGCAGCGACAUUGGCGAAGAGAUUCGCAAGAUGAACGAGUCGAGUCGGCAGAGCUCUUACUACUCGUUUUCGCAGCCUGGCAGUCCGCAUAGCUUGCGGAAGGCUUCUUCUCGCUGCUCGACGGGGCAUGCGUCGAAUGCUUUUGUUACGAGUCCUACAUGGUCUCGGCCAUCGGUGGACCGGAUUACUUCUGCGCCGCUGCAUCACCAGCCGUUCUAUCAACCUGCGCAGCAAGGCGUGUCGACUGAAUUUCCGCCCUGGUCCAGUCCUCCUCUUAAUUCUUGGGAGGAGCGCGAAGGAGCAAUACCGGAUGCGGCUCCAUCAUGUCAAAGACCAAUCUCAUCCUCGACUUUUCAGCAUGCACAAACAGCAUUCCACGACUUCGACGGUGCUCACUUCACCCCGCAUUACGAUCAAAAUGGCCACGAGAUCCCGCCUCCGUCUCAGCGGUAUUCCUCAUCAACGAUCACUCCAUCACUCUUGCGAGCGCCAUAUGUCCCGAAUUACCCUCCGGCCAUGCCACGCCUAGGGCAAGACAUGGUAUAUUACCCGGCGCCUGUACCCAAGAUCCUCAAUUUCCCAAAGAAGUUGUCCCAAUUGCCAGCAGCUUCCGUUCAAUCUAAACGAAGGGCGGAGUUAGCGAACCAGGCGACCCGAGACCUUGGGGAUACUGCGUCCUGGCAUUCUUCCGAGAAUGGAGAUCACAACGACUCCAGAACCGCGUCAUUCCGAACAUCGACAAGCCGCGGUCUGGACCGCAGACUGAACUCCAGCGUGGCCAACCUCGCUCCUCAAGCUCGUGCGGAGUUAUUCUUCAGCCGUCAAGCUGUCAAGCAUGAUAUUCAACUCCCACAGUCCGGCUCGGCCGUUGCUGCACUAGACGAGAUGUUGGCUGCGUCGGCUUUGGCGCCGGCCCAUGGGUUUGGAUUUCGACACUAUCCGGACUCACCGAAUAAGAAUGGCGCAGGCGAAGCAAUGCAGCGACCUACCAGCAGUCUCAGCGGUCCGUUAGGAAAGGCGACUAGUAGCAUAAGUGUACCCUCUCGAGCCAGUGACGAUAAAGCAAGUUCCACCGGCCCAAAGAAGCUAAAAAAACGACGCAGCCGCAUGGAUCUUGAAACCGGGUCAGUCGAAACGAGGUCUCAAACCAGCACAGCGACGGACGAGCGUCCGUUGACAGCAGACACCGAGCACGAAUCACAGCAUGGCGACGAGGAGCUCCCAACUGAAACCAUCUACGCCAAACCCAGCACCCUCAUCGCCGAACUUCAGGUCCGCAAAGCACAGCAGAAAUCCCGAAGUCGAACGGCCGCCACUGCCUAUCCCAACGGCAUGUACAGCACGCUGCUGGAACUCGAUGCAGUGGAGGAGGUAGCGAGGCGGAAUCGCAAAGCCAGGCGGAUAGCGCUCGCUUGGGAGGAUCCGGAGGAUAGGGCUUCAUUGCCAGAGGCGGAGGAUGAGAAUGAGGAUUUGCCUUUGGGUAUGCUGUACCGUAGCAAAGAUGCUGAGAUGCUGCGGGCUAUUGGUCCUAUGAAAGACUGGGAGCGGCCAGUGGGUCUGCUUGAGCGCAGACAGUUGGAAGACGCAGAGCCGUUGAGUGCGAGGAAGAAUCGGUUGAAUGGGAUUGCACCGGGCAGUAUACGAUCAGGCGGCCUGCUGGGGAUGCAGAGCCAGGUGUCGUUGAAUGGAAACGGUGCAAUCGCAAAUCAGCAGGAGGACGAAGAGGAGACGCUCGCGCAAAGACAGAAGCGCAUCAGGAGUCUGAACGUACCCGGCGAGACUGCUCCCAUUGCGCCGCAGGCAACACAAGAAGCAGCCUUCCCCGAUGACGUUCUGAGUCGAUUCGCCGAGUUCGACAUUGCCAUUGAGCCCGCGCAGAACACAGCCAAGGCAGCUGAUCUGGCUUCAACGGCUGACGAGGGCGAGGAAGAAACUCUCACGCAGCGCAAAGCACGUCUCCAACGAGACCGGCAAGCGAGCGGGAAGCCGUUCGGCACGAUCACAGGCUUCGCGACCGCGCCAUAUCACGGCAAUGGGCUAGCUGUCCAGCCGCCGCUGAGCAGCUCUAUCCCCUUCAUGCCUUCACCCUACGCCAACCAGCCCUACAUCCCGCCCUAUCAGCAUCAGGCCUUCUACCCUGCAGGCCCAGCGCAACUACCAGGCAGGCUGCCGGCUGCAUACGCGCAGAGCCUACGCGCCCCGAUAACCGCAGGUGGUGGAGCGCCAGAAGAGCAAAUAGACGGCGUGCAGCGCGCGGCUAUAGAUCAUUGGCGAGCGACAGUGGGCCCAUCUUAGGCACAGGAAUGAAGCCCUACCCAGCUUGCUGCCGCACGGGAAAUGCAUCAGGUUUUGGUCGGGUCGCUAGCUAUAGGCACUUGCGCUGCAUCCGGCUAGACUCGCGACCGACGUCCUUCUCCUUCCCAAGGAGGAAGACAUGCGCGCUGUGCCGUGGAUUGAGUUUGAGGUGCUCAUGCGUUUGAUU